GUUUUCUUGUGACCACCGCGACACCCUAUAACCUCUUUCGCGCCAUGUUUUACUCAGAAGCUAUUCUGUCGCGUCGCGGCCCUCUAGGCAAAGUAUGGCUUGCAGCCCACAUGGAACGCAAAUUAUCCAAGACCCAGACAUUGCAGACUGACAUCGAAGAAUCAGUUGAGGCUAUCAUACAUCAAGAAAUUGAAGUGAUGGCAUUACGACUAAGCGGGCAACUGUUACUCGGAGUGGUUCGCAUUUACAGUCGGAAAGCAAAGUAUCUCCUUGAGGACUGUAAUGAAGCUAUGUCCAAGAUCAAAAUGGCUUUCAGUCGUGGUAUCGUUGACAUGGCCGAAGAACAACUCGUGGCAAAUAAGAACGCCAUUACCAUUCAAGCAAAUGCAUUCGACUUUGAUAUGAUGCCUGACGAUGACUGGCUUCUGCAAGAUUUUGAUGAAGACAGACCUGCACCGGCUCACGGACAACAUCAAGCACGCAUUGAUGACAUUACACUUCCUCCUACCGACACCUUCGAACCACUUGAUUUUGACAAUGACAAUUUCGACCUCGGGCCGUCAGAUGGUAUUGGUUCACAAGAUUUUCUCGACCUCGGUGUCGAUUUUGGCGAUGCCCCUAUUCAGAGUGAGAAGGGUGCGGAUGAGUCUAUGAGCGUCGACGGAAGUGUCGGUGUUGGAAGGGAUGCCGCAUCACAUCGUGACUCUAUCGGUGACCAGUUCAUGGAUUUGGAUGGGAACUUUGACCUUCUCUCGCGUAGAAGUAGGACCAGGGAACUUUCAGAGCACCCCUUCGGAGCAGACAUGGCCCUUGAUAUGCCUGAGUUUGGGGACAUCGAUUUAGGGGACCUUGGCAUAGGUUUUGAUCCAAUACCAAUGGAUAUCGACAAGACGCCUGGCCAAACGAGGUCUUCUUCCAGAGCAUCCUCUCCUCUCAGCUCCGUACCUGCAACUCCCCCGCCUGAUGUAGGGAUCACCGAAAACGCAGAGGCAACUCCCACAGUGUCGAAACUCAAACGCAAGAUCAAGGAGAAGAAACAAAUCAUUGACAUGGUCACCGAGCUUAAGGAUGGACCAGGUGCCAAGAUUGGUAGAGGAAGAGAUGUUCAGAAUAAUCGCGACUUGAGUGAUAUCCUCACCGAGCCACAUUUCCUCCCUCGCUCCGCCGUGGUCAUGCGUCUGCUUGAGGUCCACCACGAUCCUAUCUCCCACUUUUUACCUACUAAGGUUACACCAGAGGGCAGCUUCUUCUGCGCAGCGCCUCCGGGGCUAGCUCCCGAACUUGCAGAACUUUUCAUGUAUCCUCUCAACACCAUUGGCAGUAAACGACGAGGACCCUCCCCCGGUGGUAAAGGUCCAAACAAACGUCAACGCUUGGAUAACGCUGCUGAAGAUGAAGAGAUCGAAGUUGGUCGUCGGGCGGAUAGUAUUGCCCCCGCAAGCGACAUCCUAGGAAGGGGAAGCAUGGGACCUGAUGCUCUGGAAUUCGGUGACCAAUCGGGAAUCAUUGACGAUUUUCAGUUGGAUAUUCCCCAGUUUGAUCCUGUAAACGUGGAUUUGGAUCGGAGAUCCAAGUCGGCGGCUCCUUCUGUACGUAGCAGAAUGUCCACCCCCGCUGUGGAAGGAGUUGUACCUGAAGAGGGAGAUGAGAACUACGCCAAUUCAGCUUGCCCUAUCUCUGCAUUUGAUUCUCAGACCCAGACACAAGUCACUGGUACUGAAAAGGGUGUCCAACCGGUCGAUAGUUACAGUAGAAACACUGUCAAAGCCAUUUCUGUUAUUCGAAAGGAGCUUCGCCCGACGGAAGGUGAUGCCGAGGAAAAAGUUCUUAGCUUCAGAAAGAUGGCAGACAAGGCAUCUCGACGUGCUGCCGCUUCGUUUUUCUUCGAAUUGCUCGUCCUUAGCACUCGCGAUUGCAUCGCGGUCAACCAACCCACCCCUUUCGAGAACAUAGAAGUUCGUGCCAAGGACAAGCUAUGGGACGUUCAACAUCACGCCCCAUCAAGGAUGACAUCCGUUGCUCCAUCAAUUGCUCCUUCCACAGCCCCUUCUCGAGCACCAUCUGUUGCCCGAUCUCUUGCAUCUUCGUUAGGAUUGUAGAGGUUGAGCAUGGCCUUUCCUUAAGUUCGUAUCUUGUGGUCUGGAUAUAUAUACUCUAUCUAGCGCAGGACCUGAUUUUGUUUGCGGACCUGUUGCGGACCUCUAUUAGUUAUUUCUAUCGUUACGUCGUACGUAUAUAUCGCUAUGUGUUCGUUUUGUCUUGUAUAUCUUAGUUGUUUGUAUCAGUCUCUUAACUUUUUUGCACGCAG